AUGGAGACUCUGUGGGUUGUCUUGGCUUUGGCGCAAGUCCUGUCCUGUCUGGGAGAAGCCGAGGCUCAGCAGCAGAUGCUCCGCCACUCAAACCAACAACUCGGUCAUCAGCAACCUAGUCAACAAUUGUUUUAUCUGCCAACUCAGCGACGCAGUCAGGAGAUAUCUCACGUGUCAAAUCAACGCCCCAGACUACAGUCAAUCCGCGUGUCUACCCAGUCAUCCUACCAGUCUCAUCAGCACCCCAGUCAGCAAUCAUUCCACCAGUCAAGGGAGCAGCCCAUCCAACAGUUAUUCUACCGUUCGGCCCAGCAACCCAGCCCGCAGUCAGUCCCCCCCCCAACUCGCGCGCGCUCCCCGCCGCCCCCCCCGGCCCCGCAGCCGGUCUCCCCGCUUUCCUCGCCCGACCCCUUUCUCCUGCCCGGACGACCACGGGGGAACCCCCGACGCCAGAGAGGAAUCAUCGAUCUGUGGCUGCUCCCCUGCGGAGGUCAGUGCAUGACCCGAGCGUCAGGCAUGUGUCGAACCGACUAUGCCUGUUUGUCGAGACUCUCCCUGCCCUGGCCGACCGAACGCAAGUGA